UCAAGCAAAAAAUUCUCCCGAGACACGUCGCCGAUAACAGCAUUUUUUUGGUCGUAGCUGGUGUUUUCCGCCGCUAGUAUUGUGAUAUGUGCCUGAAAGACGCAAAAAUAGCAGUCUAUUUGACGUUACUGACGGUAUUUUACUGUACAUCGUAUGCCCAAGAUGCAUGUUCCGAUCUUUUACCAGGACAAUACCGCUGUGCUGAACCUCAAAUAGAUGAGCAAACUCAGGCUGUUGCCAACUGCACACCAGCUGGCAAGUCGAAGAUUGACUGCUAUCCUGUUAAUGGUAUAACAUGUGAUGGGAAAUCGUUUAAUGGAAGCCAAAUUGGUUUUGAAAAACCAAUAAACUGUACAUAUACUAAUGGAUAUUCUUAUACAACAGCACUUGGACUUUCAAUUUUUCUUGGUUGGUUAGGGAUAGAUAGAUUUUAUUUAGGUUAUCCAGCACUGGGAUUAUUGAAGUUUUGCACCUGUGGCAUAUUUGGCUUAGGUGCAUUUUUUGAUUUUUUAUUGAUUGCAUUGCAAGUUGUUCUUCCUGCCGAUGGUUCAAAUUAUGUCAUUGAUCUCUAUGGACCCCGAUUGCGGGAAAUUUCUAUAAAUGCUGAAACUUAUUUUAAACCACAACUUGAAUGAUAAUUUUAGACUGUUUUUGUAUUAUCGUAACUAUAUCCAGAUAUAUGUAUACUCUUAUUUAACACUGUGCUAUUUCUAUUGAUCCUCUUAGAAGCAAUAAUCCAGUAUGACCCAAUUUGUCAAAAUUAUUAAGUGUAACUAGUCAGAAUAUAUCAUUCUGAAGUUAUUCUCCUGUAUUUGACUGCAUACUAAUAUGUUUUCUGUUGUUCCGCUGAGCUAAUAAUAUACCAAUUUAAACUGGCCCUGAUUUGGUUUUCUCAAUUUUCAGUGCUCAAAAUGUCAUUCACUUGACUGAGUUGCACUGUAUUAUUUUUUUAUUUGAGCCUGAAAAAAAAUUCUUCAGAUAUUUAGUUUUUCAGUAAUCUUUUGUCAUUUUUCACUCAUUUUGCAACUUUUUUUUGUAUUGCUGUGUGGAUAUAUGAAAAAUCCGUUGUUAUCUGUUUCAUUUUUCAAACCAACAAUAGUCUUUAUAUGUAAUAGUAGUUUGUUUUUUUUAAGGGACAUUCAUAGUAUGUUUCUAUUUGAAUGGAAAACUGCCUGUCAUAAUAUGUUAUUUAGAAUGCAAAUUUUUCUGAUAGGAUUAUACCAUUGCCAUUCCAUGCAUUCUAUUUCAUAUCUCAGAUGAUGAAUAUGGAUGAAUUUUGGAAAAAUUAUUGUUUUUAUUUAAUUUUUUCUGUGUUGUGCAGUAUACUAUUUUACCCGACUCAAAAGCAAAGCCUCAAGCGACCAUUGAGAACUUUAGGAGUGUUAGUAAAUUAUCUAUGAACCUAAUUUGGUAAAGAUAUGUUAGUCUUGCCAUAUCAACUUAACAAAACUGCUCUUGGUGAAUGAGAGAGCAACAAUUGCGCAAUUUCUUGUGAAGCUGUAAAUGUCUCACUUUACAAGCUACGAUCUGCUAUAUAACAUAACUUUCUUUCCAACGCAAGCUUUAAAAUAGUAUACCCCCUAUUACUCCUGUUUUUUAAUUUUUUUUAUCAUGUUUCUAAAAUGCAAUGUAUUAUUUUGUUCAAAUAUUUUUUGUUUUAUUUGAUAGA